UGGCGCGUUCCAUUUACCUCAGAACUUGGAGAUUACGUCAUCAUUCAGUUCCCGGUAGUUUGAGGAAAAGCAAAACAUGGACGCCCGCAGUAAAGUCGUUGUCGCUGUUGCUCUGUUGGAGCUGAAAAAGUUGCAAGAAAGAUACGCAGACUGUCUGUCGGCUGUCAUGAUGAAUGCAUCGGAGGAGGACGAGAGGCGCAGAAGGUUACUGAUAACCGCUGCGCUGCGGGCGAGAGGGCAAAUCGUCCUGAAGGCCGGAGGUCAGUGGGAGGCGAUGCUCAACGCGGACGACGACGCCUUCAGGCGCCACUUCGGACUCAGCAAGCCUCAGUUUACAUCCCUGCUGAGCCGGCUGCAGGAGAGAGGAGUAGCCAAGGAGCACAGUCAGGGUCUGCCUCCAGUCCCUGCGUCCAAACGGGUCCUGAUGUUCCUCUGGUACAUGGCCAACCAGAACAGCUUCAGGGAGAUGUCGCACAGGUUCGACGUGUCGCCGUCGUCGGCGCACCGGAUCGUCCUCGGCGUGCUCGCCGGCGUCUGCGCCAUGGGGCCGACGUUCGUCUCCUGGCCCGCCGCGGGCGACAGGGCUUCGUCCGCCGCCGCCUUCCAGCGCGUCUGCGGCCUCGGCGGCGUCAUCGGCGCCGUCGACGGCUGUCACGUUCGGGUGCAGAGGCCCGCGGUGCGAGGCGGGGACUACAUGAACGGCAGGUGCUUCUACUCCGUCCUCCUCCAGGCCAUCGUAGACGAGAGGGGCCGCUUCCUGGACGUGUUCGCCGGGCCGCCCGGGCGCCUUGGCGACGCACGGAUGCUGCGGGCGUCCAGCUUCUACGACGCGCGGCAGGAGAUGCUGGGCGAGUACAGGCUGCUGGGGGACAGCGCCUACUUUGAUCAGGGCUUCCCGUUUAUCGUGGCCUGUAAACCCGACGACGGGGCGCUGAGCGAAGCCGAGCUGCAGCAGAACCGCCGGAUCAGCCGGGGAAGGGCGGUGGUGGACCAAGCGUUGGGACGGUUGAAGUGCCGGUGGAGGCGUCUCCGUGAUCUGCAGAACACGAGGCUGGACGCCGUGGUGAUGGUGGUGCUGGCGGCCUGCUUUCUGCACAACGUCUGCGCCGAGGCUUCAGAGACGUGUCCCGAUCACCCACACGGCUGCCCGAGGGAGGAGGAUGGAAACGAGUGAAAAACCUCCAGGAUGAAACUGUUUUCUGCUAGAGAACGUCCGUUUUUGUUUUUGGUGUUUCAAACUUUUUCCAGGAGUGAAUGAUUCUUCUGCAAUGCACAAAAAUAUAAACUAAAAUUAUGUUACAAUUUCUUGAAAUGAGUGCAUAUGUUCUUGAUCUGAGAUGGUAAAUAAGAGGAUUUUACCCCUAAAAUUAGAUAAUUAUAUAUACUGAUUUUUCGAUUGCAAUGCAAAUUGUAAUUGACAAUAAAAUUUGAUUGAUUGAUUGAUUGAUACUG